CGGCCUAAUAUCCUUGAUUAAAAUCUUUAGUUCGUCCUCCUAGCUGGGAUAGUUAACAUGAGAUUGUGAUAGUAUGAGUCAAGAGCAAAUAUUGGAUAAGAUAUGAUCUCGGCUCAUAACUUUCAGUUUAGAAAUAUGCUUAACCUUGUUAGAUUUAAAUCCUGUGCCUGAAUGAUUAUAUAAAUUAUCCAUACCGCCUUGUUGAUUGAGCUCGAGCACUUGUUAACUUUCUUAGAUUCCUCAACCAGUGAAACUUCAAGUGCUUCGACAAUAUGUAUAACCUUAACGCAAUUCUUGCUGCUUUUCUCGUCGCUUCGACGGCCGUUGCGCAAACAUUGCCGCCGUCUCCGACCGCAUCUGUGGGGUGUCAUCCUCAUGGUGAUCAUUGGCAUUGCGAUGGGCCAGCUUCAAUCACUGUCCCUGUAACUAUAUCCAGCACUCAUAAUAACGAAACCUCCAAAACCCUUGCGCCAAGUCCCACGGAGUCUAUCGGUUGCGAACCCCACGGAGAUCAUUGGCAUUGUGAUGCUCCUGCAUCGGCGACUGCCUCAAGUACAAGCUCUGCGACUAGUGAUCAUCAUGGCGAGGGAACUGGGAGCCUGGCACCCAGCCCAACAGAGUCUGUUGGUUGUGAGCCGCACGGGGACCACUGGCACUGUGAUGGGCCUGCUGUGGCCGAAACUACAUCAUCCACACAGCCCAUAGAAACAGCCGGCGUUGGAAAAGUAGGAGUUGGUAGCAUUGCGAUACUAGGAGGCUUAUUCGCAGUUGCAGGAAUGGGUUUCUGAUAGGCAAUGUUGAUCGCAGACUGGAUUGCGGCAAGCUGGAUGGCAUUAUACUCCUAGUCAAGCUGGAAGACAACAUUGUUAAUUUUAAGCUUAGGUACAUGAUACUUUUGUUACGGCUAUAUUCGACAACAAUAUGCAUCUCAGUAUAUGAUCUUGCGUCGUGCAUAUAUCAAUGCACCAUCUCGUUGG